GUUGCCGCCAGCAUCAGCCGAGUCAACGCGUGUGUCAGUGCGGUGCUGUGCGUGGCAAUGCGUGUCAGUGGGUGCACGAUUUAGUAGAGUGCCUACAGUAACUUGACUGCCAGUGACAAGUGACAUUCUGUUGAGAUACAUUUUAGAAGUCUAGAGUUAGUUUAGAGGUGGCUAAAGAGAUAAAAAUAAAAGAUCCAGCAUGUCAGUGGUGCAGCCAUUUCCAGUGGAGAAGGAGUACGGGAAAAACCCGGACAUAUCCCGUGAUGAUGUCCACAAGCUGCGGGAGUGGCUGAAGACACAGCCUCAUCUACCAGGGGAGCACUUGACAGAAUUGGACCUAGUGAUAGUGUACCACUGCUGCGAGCGCAGCGCGGAGGUGUCGAAGCAAGUGUUGGACCUCCACUUCACGCUGCGCACCCUGUUUGCGCCCUUCUUCAAGGACCGCGCCCUGGACAAAAAGACGGACCUCGCGUUUGAUACUGUCCUGUACGCCCCGCUGCCCACCCCGACGGUACACGGCUACCGUGCAGUGUACCUGCGGCUGCUAGACCCCGACCCUCGCAACUUCAUGUUCGUGGAGUGUGUCAGGACCUUCAUGAUGAUGUUUGACCUGUGGCAGCAGGAGGAGGGGACCUGGCCUGGAUUCGUGAUCAUGAUUGACAUGGACCGGGCGACCAUGAGUCAUGUUGCCAAGUUGGACAUCAUGGCUGUCAGACAAGUACUUUACUUCCUUCAGGAAUGUAUGUUGGUGAAACUAAAAGAGGUGCACUUCCUGAACGCGCCGGUGUUCAUGGACAAGGUGAUGAUGAUGCUGAAGCCGUUCAUGAAGAAGGCUCUACUGGACAUGAUCCGCAUCCACCAGGCGAAGGCGCCGGAGCUGUACCAAUACAUCCCCAAGGAGGCGUUCCCCAAGGAAGAAGGGGGCGAGUACAAGGACCAUGCUACUAUACGUGACGAGUUGAUAAAGCGUCUCUAUGCCAACAAACAGUUCUUCGUGGAUGAGAACAAGCGACGGGUCGACCAGAGCAAGAGGCCUGGCAAGGCGACCACAGUUGAAGACCUCUUCGGCAUACAAGGCAGCUUCAAGAAGCUCGACAUAGACUGAGACGGGAGCCAAACCAGACAGCCCAGCUUUUUUAUUUUACUUUAUGACGUGACUUCUUGUAGAUAUGCCGCAAAUGACAUUAACUACUUGGCUGGACUGCUACCUGGCAGCCGAGUUGCAAAUGUUACUGCGUGUACAAUCAAAUAGCAAAAGUGCAGUCACUGAGCCCAUUAUUUGUAAACAUUGGUGAAAUUAUGAACCACUUUAUAUUUUUGUAGGUGUUUUUGGUCUAUUACAGACACGACAUGUAACCAAGAGGUCUUAAGUGCAAUCAGUUAUUUUUUUACUUAGUAAGAAACUGAUUGGGCUUUUGCAGCUUAUCGUACAUCGCUAACGUAUAACCAUAGUCCUCCUAUAAAAAAUAGACCACCAAUCUCUGUAAAAAAGUGUCCGCGGCGCAUCUUGUCACAAGCGAUUGCGUGUAACGACCCUGUACGGUCACGAGUACUAAUAUGUAUACACUUUGAAACCAUGUCACAUUAACUUUUUUGACAAAUUACACCGUAAGUCUCAUUAAAUGUCAAAUAUGAUAGUGCGACAGGAUUCUAAAGUGGGUAAAUGAUAUUGCUCAUGACUGUACAUCCGAUAUUGCACUUUAUUUGAACAGCCUUAUACAUCUUAAUUUCAGGGGACGAACUAAUAUUAUCUACAUAACUUAAUGUAUACGUAUUUACAACAUGUUUCGGACGCUUUUUUAGAAAAACUUCUUAGCGAAUGUGGGUCUAUUUGCAUAUAAGAUGUCAGUGUGUAUAACCCUUCCGAAUUAAAUGAACACCUUGCGCCAAGAACUAUGCUUGCGAGCGUCUUGAUAAGUUAGCGAGUGUAGAAAUAGGCUUUGCGAUUCUUUCAAUAGAUGAUACUUUAAUAUUACAUUCAGGGUUUAAAUUAUGUUAGCAAGAUUUUGGGAGUAGGUAUAAGGAAUGGUUGGUAUUUAUAAUUGUAAUUAUAGAUGUUGGCAAGAGGAUAAAAUUCUGUAACGAUGAUAAUCCACAAAUGUUUACUUUUAAGUCUUUCUUUGGAAGUAUUGUGAUGAUAAAUAAAUAGAAAUAAGUGUAA